UGAUUCACGCCACUGAAAGGCAUCGGUCAGCGAGCAGAAUUGGCGUAUCCGUCGGAUACAUAGAUCUAUCUACAACUGACGUAUUCUCGAGCGCGCCUUUCCCAAAACUGGCUAUUGCCUUAUACGUAAUACCUACUUAAUGCAUUCUGCUCAUUUUCGCUGAUUUAAAUAGCCAACCAACAAUAGUCAACCAGACAGCUACGUUAGUCAGUGCGACAGCUGCCGCAGUCUCGCCAGCUUCUCAGCUUUAGAUUUAAUUGCAACAGCAAAAGUAGCAACAACAAAAUGGGCCUGUCGGAGACUACAGUGAAGCAUCUGCUGCUGCUGCUGAACUUUGUGUAUACGGUGCUCGGUUUGCUGCUGAUUGGUUUUGGCAUUUUCUUUCUAGCAUAUGUUACUUCAGUGAGCAUUGGCGAAAAUGUAGUUGGCGGCUUAAUCAUUGGCCUGGGCGUUGUCAUAAUAAUACUCUCCGUCUUUGGCUGCCUGGCUGCCAUACACGAAUCGCCCAAACGUCUGCUUAUCUAUGUGAUUGCUGUGGUGCUGCUGAUACUCACACAACUGAUGUUCCUCAGCAUGGUGUCUCAUGGGACCCAGGACGGCAUCUCGGGCAGCAUUAAUGAGGGAUUCGAGAAGCUGUGGGAUGCUGAACGCAAUGAAACAGGCGCCUUGGAAUACUACGAGUCUUGGUUGCACUGCUGCGGCGUCAAUGGUUCCGAGGAUUAUGCGGUCAUUGAUCAUGCUGUGCCCAAGAGUUGUUGCGUCGAACUGAAAUGCGUCGAUCGUUCCAACAUUUACAAAGUGGGCUGCAAGUCACAGUUUGUGGAGUAUCUGGAUGAUAGGCUACUGGUUUUCAAGAUUGUCUGUUGGCUGCUCAUUCUGGGCGAGGCUAUUGGCGCAUUUUUGGGCUGGCUGCUGUUAACGGGCUUAAAGAAUCAAGGUCGUCGAAAUAAUGCCGUUUGGAUGUGAAUACGUUUUAAUACUAAGGCUUAAGUAUUAUUUAAUAAUAAUAUACAUUAAUAUUUAAAAUGUAUCAUUAUUAAAGCCACAUUUUUUACUAUA